UUGGCAAAGUUAUGAUUUUUUCAGAUGAAAAUAGGCAAUGUCGACUUUAUUUGAUAGACAGAAAGCUGACUGUUUUAGUAAGAUUGAUCUGAGUAGAAAAGGGAGCAUUGACGAUCCGAUUGUGGAUAUAAUCAAACAUCUCAACAACCAUCAGGACUUCUUCAGUUUAAGUUCUUGUAGUGGCAGGAUAGUAGUGUUUGCUGAAGGGGAUAGAACUGAUAACAAAGAAGAACUAAAGAUUAUUGACAACAAAGAACUGAAAACAUCUGACAAAGACAUUGAUGAGGACAAACUCAGUAUUGUCAAAUCUGGCUGUGAUUGGAUUCAUGUCUCCCAUACCCUGGUAAACCCUGCUGAGAUUAUCCCAAAAAUUAAAGAAAGGUUUGGACAGUCUGGCUGUGUUGUGAUUAAGUUUGAGCCCUUUAUUCUCCACGUGCAGUGUAGAGAUAUUAACGCGGCUAAGUUGGUGCACCUGACUGCGGUAGAAUCUGGAUUCCGUAACAGUGGCAUCACUGUGGGUAGAGCGGGCAAAUUUGUUUCAGCUGUACGGUCAACUCACGGCCUUGAGGUUCCUGUGACGACAGAGGAAGGAGAACUAUUGGUUUCUGAACAAUACAUACAAUUCAUUCUAAACAAGGCUAAUAGUAAACUCAAGGAGAAUUUCAGUAGAAUCGAGAAGUUCUACGAAAAAUUAGGAGAAUUUCUUUCUGAGGAGAAGAAAGGGACAGGAAAGCAGAGGAAGAAAGAUUUAAGGAAAGAGGAGAGGAUUGCUAAGGACCGGAAGAAGGUGGAGGAGAAAGAGAUAAUUGAGAACAAAACUGAAUCUAGUUUAACAGCCCUGGAAGAUCUGUUUGUCUAGAAAACGAUGGAUGUCACGUCUAAACAAAAGAAAAAAAUAAUAAAGUACAUAAUUGAUGAUCGAUACAAAAAGUUAA